AUGCUCAGCAAAACUGUUGUCGCAGCCCUUCUGGGCCUCGUGUCUCUAACCAAUGCUGCUAAGAAAUGCCCCGUUGCCGACGUUUCCGCCAUUGCCCAUACUGGCACCCCGAUUGGCGAGGAGGUCAAGUACAAUGGGCUGACCCAAUAUGUCACCAAGCCGAGCACGCGUGGUAACAGAACUGUUGGAGUCCUGUACCUGACCGACGUUUUCGGAAUUCAGCUCGCGCAAAACAAGCUCCUGUCCGACAGUUUUGCUCGCGCGGGCUACAUCUCCGUCGCGCCGGACCUGUUCAACGGCAGCCCGGCCCCGAACGACAUCAACAUCCCCGGCUUCAACACGACGGCGUUCCUUGCGCAGCACGGACCCAACGUCACUGACCCGAUCAUCGCCAAUUCUAUCAAGUACCUGCGCGAGGAGCUCGGCGUGAGCAAGGUCGCCGUCACGGGAUACUGCUUCGGAGGCCGCUACUCGUUCCGCGUCCUCGCCGAGGGCAAGGGCGCUGACGUCGGUUUCGCCGCGCACCCCAGUCUUCUUACCGACGAGGAGAUUACGGCCAUCACUGGUCCCGCGAGUGUCGCCGCCGCCGAAACUGACAACCUCAUGACGCCCGCUCGUCGCGCCGAGGUCGAGGCUCUCCUCAGUGAGACUGGCCAGCCCUUCUCCCUCGCUGUGUAUGGUGGUACCUCGCACGGAUUUGGCGUUCGCGCCAACAUUUCGGACCCUAGACAGAAGUUCGGCAAGGAGGAGGCUUUCUUCCAAGCUGUUCGCUUCUUCGACACCUGGGCUUAA